AGGAAGCGAUCAGACAAGGUCGACUUUCUCUCUCUCUCUCUCUUUUCUCUUCCUGGAGAAGACACCAGCUCUGUACGGAAGGAGCGUGGUGCGGAAUUUAAUCUGUCUUUGCCAGCCUGGAGGAGACGGAGACUUUAUUAUAACAUCGGCGGGAAGAGGGACUCGCGCACACACCGGAUGCUUGACCAGGGCCCUCAGCAAAACAGGAUCGGUGCCGGCGCUUGGGAGCGCCGUGUGAUCCGCAAGUGUCUGGAGACGCGCAGAGAGCGCCUUGGGGAGGCUCGAAGGCGUUCAGCACCUCGGACAGCUCGCCGCUGAGCCUUCAUUCGCCCGAAUCUGCGUGGUGGAGAGACGGGUCGGUUCCUUGCCGGGUUCCGGCGAUCCCCAGGCGCCGAGUGCUGGGACGGAGGAGAGAGAUCCACCGCCAGAUUCAUUCGCUGGACUCCUAUUCGGGAUCCUCAACCGGGCUGGAUUCUCGUCGCCCGGAUUGGAGCGAGACGGCACUCUCCACCUGCCUUCCCCCCGCGGCUACUAAAGCAGAGGCAAAAGUUUGCGAGGAGGGGCGAGCCCCCCUCGGAGGAGGCGAAUGCUUUGCUUUCUUGGCUGAUCGGGUAGGAACGAUGACCGAGCGAGGAUGUGCACCAGCAGCCACAUCAUCGGGAGCCUCUUGGUGCUCUCCGUGCUGGAGAUAGGGCUGGGGGUCUCCAGCGUGGCCGUGGGGGCGGUCAGUUUCAGCCUGGCGUUUGCGAAGCAUCCACCGCAGCUGGGAGACUAUUCUCCGGUAUGGAGCGGGGUGUGUUUUCUGCUUUGUGGAGCAUGUGGAAUACUGUGUGCCAAAAAAAAAUCAGGACUUGUCAUGAUCCUUUUUUCAGCCUGCUGUAUCUGUGGACUCAUUGGCGGAAUAUUAAACUUCCAGUUCCUUCGUGCACUGACAAAGAAAUCCACGGCUCUCUACCCAUUGCAUCUUACAUCCAUGUCCCUGGCCUGCAUCGGGAUUGGGGGCUGCACCCUUUCAUCAUGGCUCACUUGCCGGCUCGCCAGCUAUGAGCAAAGGCGAAUGUUUUCAGAACGAGAGCACUCGCUGCACCAUUCCCAUGAAAUGGCUGAGAAAAGAUUGAGGGGGUUUGAAAUAACCGACCUGCCCAGCUGCCCGGUGAUCCCCCCGACACCAGAGUUGCCUCCCAGCAGACAGGUGUCUACUUCACCAAACCCUCCUUUCAACCGACAUUAUCUGGCACCCUUUCUGGAAAUCCUAGCCGAGACCAAGGAAGUGAAAGACAACAUGAGCAAUGGAGGACCUCAUUUAAUCUAUAAAGGAAGUGCAUACUAAAAGAUUCGCUAUGUUAUGGGACAACUAUUUUCAAGGUUCUGUUUAUGGGGGAAAAUGUUGAUGCCAGCAGCUUUGAAAGAAGGGACAAAAUGAAGCUGAGCUUUGAUCUGCAAUACAAUUUUAAAAAUGGCACAGUGGCAUCCCAUUUCAGUUGGUUCUGUGGAUUUCCUUUUCUAUAUUCUAGAGAUAUUUUACUGCAUAUUUGAAAGAUAAGCAGAAAUUACUACUUCGCUAAUUUUCUUUGUUGGUCCAAAUAAUUUUUCAUAGUUCUUCGGAACUGUUUGGAACCAACUUUGUGGACUCUUACUCUCCUGGUGACUUUUAGAAACCCUUGGCCAACACAUGACAAUGGAGGGGGUUCAAAGGCUAGAUUGCACAAUAGUAAGAAUGAAAGACUUGCCUUUCAGAUACAGAGACGAAUGAAUGAAUUAUGAGCAUGCUACAAUCACACUGAUGUCUUUGUUUUGAAAGACAGAAUGCUUCAAGGAUGCCAUAAGUCAAAAUUUGAACAAUGCCUUGCUGUAAAGAAACUGUAAAUAUUUAAAAAAGAAAAUGUAAAUAUUUCCAAUUUGUGAAGUAUAUUUCAUAACUUGUUCAUAAAAGAUGUCAAAUAAAAUGAUACCUUUAAA